AUGAGAACAGGGACUCACCAGAACGAAAGAGGUAUGCCCCUUUUAUUAUCCGCUCAUAAUUUUGGUGUGUCACCUAUAGAAGUAGUCUACGCCUUGGAGAAGCUCAGACCAAAGGCGAAGUGGCCACAAAAGAUGAGGUCAAACCCGAGUACGUCCUUUUUUGAGUUCCACCAAGAGCAAGGGCACAAAAUCGAGGAUUGCAUCGCACUAAGACAGGAGGUCGUAAACAUGCUCCGACAGGGGCACCUCAAAGAAUUGUUGAGCGACCGGGGAAGGACCAACUUUUCCAGAGGAUGUAAACAACUUCAAGGACCACCGAUAACGCCCUCGCCAACUCGCACCGUCCACAUGAUCAUUGGCGGCGGAGGCGACACUUCCAUCAACAGCGUGAAGUUAACCAUAACUCAGAAGCUCACGUCCAUCAACCACGAAUGGUAUGAUGAACUCGAAGAAAGUAUCAUCUUCGCUAAGUCAGAUAUCGACGGUUUGGUAUUCCCUUACUAUGAUGCCGUUGUUACAAAUUUUAGAUACCGAUGUGAGACGUAUUAUGGUAGUAACGCGUGCAUUAUCUGCCGUCGAGUAAUCGCACAAAUGAAACUCGAAGAUAACAUAGUAUCAUGUUGCAUCAUAGUGGGGGUUUUAACAAUGUAG